AUGCUUCAUUGUUUGAAGUACUCAAUUGCAGUUUUACUGCUCAUUGCAGGCUUUUUUGGUGGGGUUGUCCAGGCUGAACACACUAACAAUUGGGCUGUGCUGGUUUCUACGUCGCGUUUUUGGUUCAACUACAGGCAUAUGGCUAAUGUAUUGAGUAUGUACAGAACUGUCAAGAGACUCGGAAUUCCAGACUCGCAGAUUAUUUUGAUGUUAAGUGAUGAUGUAGCCUGUAAUUCCAGAAACCUGUUCCCCGGGAGUGUUUUCAAUAACCAAGAUCACGCAAUUGAUCUAUAUGGUGAAUCUGUGGAAGUUGAUUAUCGUGGGUAUGAAGUUACUGUGGAGAAUUUUAUUAGAUUGUUAACAGACAGAUGGUCAGAGGACCAGCCAAAGUCUAAGAGGUUACUGACCGAUGAGAAAUCUAACAUCUUCAUCUAUAUGACAGGCCACGGGGGAGAUGACUUCUUGAAGUUUCAAGAUGCCGAGGAGAUAGCUUCCGAAGAUAUUGCAGAUGCAUUUGAACAAAUGCAUCAAAAGAACAGGUACAAUGAGAUUUUCUUUAUGGUCGAUACUUGUCAGGCGAACACUAUGUACUCGAAAUUCUACUCUCCUAACAUCUUAGCUGUUGGUUCUAGUGAAAUUGACGAAAGUUCAUUUUCUCACCAUUCAGAUGUUGAAAUAGGUGUUGCAGUGAUCGAUCGAUUCACUUACUACAGUUUGGACUUUCUGGAACAGAUCGAGAAAAACUCGACUCUGACGUUGCAAGAUUUAUUUGAUUCCUACACUUUUGAGAAAGUUCAUUCUCAUGUUGGCGUUAGGACUGAUCUUUACAACAGAGAUCCCAAGGAGGUGUUGAUCACGGAUUUCUUUGCCAAUGUUCAAAAUGUGGUUCCAGAUAACGAUGUGGAGAAGCAAUAUGCUAUUGGAAGUGGAGAUAAUGAUACUUUUGUGCAAAACAUCUUGAAUCUGGCGUUAGAAAGGACAGCAGAGGAAAAUCAAGCUGUUCACUCUAGCUCUCAGAAUUCAAAGAAGCCUCUUCUAAUUAAGACAGAAAGUUUUAUUCGAGAAAGUGGCAUCAGAAGUGAAGGAGACUACAAAUCUCGCUUAUUUGCAGCAAGCAUUAUCGCAAUUUCCAUCAUAUCAAUCUUCAUCAGUCAAUCAAAAGGCAGUCAUCGAGUUCAGCGUGAACUAUAUCAACAGUAA